CAAUGGCAUUACCAACAUCAUUAGCUGGCUUAGCAUUUUAUAAAACUUAUCAAGCUGAUUCUAUUUUUUCUAAAAUAUUUAAAUUGCAAUUAAUUUAUUCUCCCAAUGCUAUUAUUAUGGUAAUGAUAUUUGUUUCUUUGCCAUUUAUAAUUCGUAAUUUACAACCCAUAUUAUUAGAAUUAGAUUCUAAUAAAGAAAUUCAAGAAAGUGCCAUAUGUUUAGGUGCCAAUUCUUGGCAAAUUUUUUUAUUUGUUAUUUUCCCUUAUAUCAAACCAUCUCUCAUUACAGGAUCUGUAUUAUCAUUUGCUAGAUCAAUUGGAGAAUUUGGCUCUAUUAUUAUAAUAUCAUCAAAUCUACCAUACAAAGACCUUGUAGUUUCAGUAUUAAUUGCACAAAAAUUAGAACAAUAUGAUUAUCAAAGUGCUACUGUGAUAGAUCUAGCUAUGAUUAAAUAUUUGAUCUUAAUUCUUAGUUUAACUUAUUUAAAUUUUUUUAUUUUUCUUCCUUUGUUUACAUUAUUAUCUGACAUUUUAGCCAGUGGCAUUUUACCCUUAUUUCGUACAUAUUUUGAUUAUAAUUUAUUUCAUGCCUUUAGUUUAACUUUUUCUUUGAUUUGUAUUGUUGUGCCUUUCAAUAGUCUUGUAGGCUUGUGGAUGGCUUGGACUUUAACUCAUCAGAAGUUCUGGGGACGUGAAAUUUUACUAUUUGUAUUAGAUAUUCCUUUAACUUUAUCACCUAUUUUAAUCGGUUUAAUGAUGACAUUGCUGUAUUCCAAAUAUUCUUAUUUAGGAUCCUUUUUAUUGAAUUUAGGUAUUAAAAUAACCUAUAAUUCGUUAGGAAUUUUAUUAACUACUCAAUUUAUUACCUUUCCAUUAAUUCCUAGACAAAUUAUUCCUAUUUUGUCAAAAAUUGAUCAACAAGAAGAAGAAGCUGCUAAAACUUUAGGUGCCAAUUCUUGGCAAAUUUUUUGGCUUGUUAUUUUUCCCUAUAUAAAACGAAGUUUUCUUUCUGGUGCUGUUUUAACUAAUGCAAGAGUUAUUGGUGAAUUUGGUGCUCUUUUAAUGAUAUCAGGCAAUAUUAUUGCUAAAACUCAGACUCUAACUCUUUUUUUAGAACAAGCUUAUAAGGAAUACCAAAACUAUAUAUCUAAUGCAGUUUCUCUGCUUUUAUUUCUUUUAUCUAUAUUUCUUUUAUUUUUUCAAAGAUAUUUAUUUUUAUAAAUUAUUUUUUGUUAGUUUAUUUUGUCUUUUCUUUUUUUAGAUUAUAUAAUAAUGAAAUAUAUAGCUUAUCCAAAUU